AUGGAGAGCAUCAAAGACUUCCCUCUUGAUAGUUGGAUCCAUGAGCAAGGUCUACCAGCCACGCCCGGCGCUGACGCCCUUGACCCUGAUCUCAAGCUCGAUUAUGGCCCUUUUGAAGGCUCGACUAAGUUGCGCACGCGCAUUGCCGAGCUUCACUCAACGCCCGAGGUGCCACUGACGGCAGAAAAUGUCAUUGUCACGCCGGGUUCAAUUCUAGCUAAUUACCUCGUACUGCAGACCUUGUGUAAGAAAUGUGAUCAUGUCAUUUGCCAAUAUCCUGCAUAUGGGCAACUGUAUCUUUUGCCGAGACAUCACGGGGUAGAUAUUAACCUGUGGGCCAUGGGAGAGGACCUGAACUGGCCGCUAAAUAUUGACAACUUGGAGCGGAUGAUUGGGCCGAAUACCAAAUCUAUCAUUCUGAAUAAUCCAAAUAACCCAAUUGAAACAACUCUUCCCAAAUCUUUCCUUGAGAAGGUCGUGGCAUUAGCCAAAAGAUUCAGCGUUGCCAUCUUCUGCGACGAGGUCUUCACUCCCCUAUUCCAUACGGACGAUCCAGCACCGCCACCAGUUGUGUCCCUGGGAUAUGAGAAUUCCGUCUCGACAGGCUCCCUGUCCAAGGCAUAUGGACUUCCUUGUGUGCGAGUAGUAUGGGUUAUAUCCACAAACGCUGCCCUUCUGCGCAAAGUACUCAUAGCAAGAGAUUACACCACAAUUUCUGUCUCACGACUGGACUAUGGCGUCGCGGCACACGCACUUGGUUCUGAUGUGCGUCCGAAUCUUUUGAAGCGUGACCUGGCCCUGUGUAGGGAAGGCAAUACCCUGCUUGACGAAUUUGUGCGGCGCAACAAACGGUGCCGAUGGACCAAGCCUCAAGGCGGAGGCACGGGGUCCAUACAGAUUCGGGACAACAACGGGGAGGCUGUUGACGACUUUGAGUUUGGACUUCAGGUUGCCAAGGAGCAGAGCUUGUUAGUAGUUUCGUGUAGGUUUUGUUUCCCGGAUGAAGGAACGAACGACUUCAGGGGGUAUCUGAGGUUUUCGCUUGGAGACCCUGAUGUUUUGAGAGAGGGCUUACCUCUUUUGCAGAAGGCUUUGACGGAAACACCCAUGAUGAAUGAUCCUUUUCAGGACCAUGGUCGCAACAUCUCGUCGCUGCGGCUAGAAAUAGAAGAUCGUAUUCGCUCAAGACUCCAUGGCUUCUACUUCGCCGCUAAUGACACCAUUCUGGGGACAUGUGGCCGGAAGUGGCAUAUGUUACACGACUUUGGCCCAUUGCGUUUCUGGAACGAAGUGACCACGCUGGGCGGAAGGAACUCAAAUAUCCAUAUUCGGCCCGUGAACACUCGGAACCUCAUUACGGCUCUAAUCAAAGCACGUCAAAGAUAUGUUCUACGACAGAGUGCCAUAUAUCCCGACUUCGUUAUGGAAAACGAUCUGAAGCCUGGCAGCGACACGGCUGCACAGGCCAUUCUCGAACGCGUUUUGCAUUUGGAAGACGCAACCACAUUCUCUGGGGACGUUUUCAGGAGCCCACUUUGUAAUCUCCGGCAAGAGAUAUCAACUUGCCCAGGGAGCUCCCCAGAAUCUACAUCCCAUAUCGGAUCUAGCCCGAAGGUCAGCAACUUUGGACUCGAGGGGUUUUGUGGAACAGCUGGCAGUUAG